AUGGAGACCUUGGAGAUUCAUUCAAAGGAUUUUCUCGUCAAGUGGGUCCAUGCCGUUGAUGAUUCAUCUAUUGUUUGGCAAUUAAAGCCAUUGAAGAAGUCAAUCAACUUCUCAAUUUACAAGCGAUCUCCAAUCGGGGAUUCCCUGGAUGAGAGCCACGUGAAUAGUCAUGACAUCGAAGAUUUAGGAGGACAGGAUCAAGGCUCAACUUCAAUUCCCAAUUCUGGCGAGCAUCUGGCAGAUGCUUCCCGCUUGAGAUCAGAAUCGGUUGCUUCAGUAAAUCAAAUUACACAGCUGAACUCGCUUAGAAAUAAAUCUAGGUCAUCCACAUUUUCAAAUAGCUUAAGCGGCUCGAAUUUGGUUUUAGUCAAGGACUAUUUCAAGCUUGUCCCUGGUGAACUCGUCCGAGGACACUUUAAUGUGGAGAAAGAAGGUAUGUACGCCUUUAUUUUUGACAAUUCUUUCUCCAAAGCCGUGAGCAAGAAAGUUCUUUUUAGCUCUAAACUUGUUACCAAUGUUGAGAACUCAAUUGCUUCGGAUUCAAAUACAUGCCUGAAGGGGCGCCAAUUGACAGAUACCGUCGGUGACGUUACAAAUGCGCCAAAUGGCCAAAGUCUUGACGAUGGAGAGCUUAUGAUGAGCACCUUACUCAAGAGAAGAAGAAAGAAGCUUCAAGGGUUCACCAAAAGGACUUUUGUGUUGAACUUCAAAUAUAGUACGUUAUCUUACUUCAAGGUCAAUGAUAACAAAUUGAGGGGCCAAAUGCCAAUUAUUCACUCUAUUGUUAGUGCUAACUCGAGGACGAGAGAAAUCUUCAUCGAUUCCGGAAUGGAAGUAUGGGAUUUGAAGGCUCUCAAUGGGGACGAUUUUGAGGCGUGGGUUAAUGCCUUCGAUAAAGUCAAAAGGGGUACAAGCUCUAUGGAGCUGGCAGAGGGAAAAGAUGCGGUUCAGUAUCCAACCUCUGUAGGGUUACCUCGCCUUGAAGAGAUUAACGAACAGUUAACAAGUUUGUUGAAGGCCAGCCCUGAUUUAGAUAGAGAUCAACUUGAGUUUCGCUUGCAAGAGAUAUCGACCAGUGUUCUGUACUUAGUCUCAGCCGAGAAACAAGGAGACUCUGAAUUGACCCCUGUUCAUUCUAACACCGAAUUCUUUGAUGCAGAGGAGACCUUAGACAAAUCAUCUCGAGGAGUGGUCCUUAUGGAUGGAGUUGACCGAAAGCCGCAAUCUGAAGACGACUAUGAGGAAGAACAUGAAGAGUCUGAUCUGUCGUCUGAUUCAGAUUCUGAAGAUCUUCCUGCUCCUACUGCCUCCAUUGCCGAGACAAAAUCGGUCCAAGGGAAGGAUGUGAAUAUGGACGACUGUCUUUAUCCAUUGCCCUUGGAACCAGUUACCAGGGAUUGUGAUAUUCCGAUAUGUGACCAUGAACCCCCCAAUCUUCUUUCCUUUGUUAGAAAAAAUGUUGGCAAAGACUUAUCGUCAAUUUCCAUGCCAGUCGACAUGAAUGAACCCGUUACUAUUUUGCAAAAGUAUGCUGAGCAAUUUGAGUAUUCGGAGAUGAUUGACAACGCUCUCGAUGGAACUUAUCCCGAAGACUCGGGAGAACUUAUCCUUAGGAUCGCCGCCUUCGCUGUGAGUAACCUUUCCUCGUUCAGAAAGAAAGUCAGGAGCACGCGUAAGCCAUUCAACCCUCUCUUGGGGGAGACAUUCGAGUUGGUCAGAGAAGAUAAGGGAUUCCGUCUUAUAAGUGAAAAGGUGUCGCAUAAGCCGCCUGUGUUUGCCGUUUUUGCGGAAUCUAGCCAUUGGACGCUUAGCUUCUCAGCGUCUCCAUCUCAAAAGUUCUGGGGAAAGACUUACGAGAUAAGUACCAAAGGAACUGUGAAGCUCACUGUGAAGUCCACUGGAGAGGUAUUUACAUGGUCGCAACCAACAAGUCUCCUCAAGAACAUAAUCGCUGGUGAAAAGUAUACUGAACCAUCUCUGUCUAUCGUUGUCAAAUCUAGCUCUGGUCAGAAGGCUGUUGUGGAAUUUUCCAAGGGCGGAAUGUUCAGUGGUAGGUCUGAAGACCUUACAAUUAAAGCGUUCAAUUCCGCCAAAAAACAGUUGCCUUACACUGUCGCCGGUAAGUGGACGGAGUCCAUGAUCCUAAAGACCAACAAUACUGAGAAAGUUAUUUGGACGGCUGGAAAACUUCUCCCUCAAUGUGAAAAGAAGUUCGGCUUCACUGAAUUCGCUGGAUCAUUGAACAAGAUCACUACUGUGGAGCACGAGGCUUUGCCUCCCUGCGACUCAAGGCUAAGGCCGGAUAUGAGAGCGUACGAAGGUGGUGACGUCCCAAAGGCAGAACUGUUGAAAGUUAAGUUGGAAGAGAAUCAACGUACUCGCCGUGCUGAAAUGGAACUGGCUGGCAAGACUCAUAAGCCUGUCUUCUUUAAGCAGGUAGGCGAUACUUCUCUGCCGGAUUCUGGGGAAUGGAUAUAUGAUAACGGUUCCAACAGCUAUUGGAACAGGAGAAAGAAACAAGAUUGGUCUGGUCUCCAGCAGCUUUGGUAG